UAUCACAAUGUCAAAUCUACUAAUAGUUAAAAUAAAAUAAAUUCAUCAUCAACUUAUACACACAGUAGAAUACUAAAACAAUUGGAAUGUGUUACAUUGGAAGAUGAGACAGUCAGUGCAUUAGAACAAAUGUUAGAUAGUGUUGAAGAAGACACAAGUGAAAAAAAAUGCAAAGGGCUUCUUGCAAAAUUAAAAAAAAGAAAGAGAAAACAUAAACAUAGAAAACCUCAUAAUUAUUAUGCACGAAGGAAUAAAAAGAGAGAAGAAAAAAGAUAACAUUCAAAAAAUAAUAAAGAUUCAAUAAAUCCUCUACACGAAAUAGAGGAGAAAAUAUUCACUCAUGCGGAUCUUUUAAGAAGCGCAAUUUUUUCAAGAACAUCAAGAAUACCUGAUGGAAUAUUUUAUACUUAA